AUGGAACAUAAGAGUCUGCGAUAUUCGAGCGAACAUGAGCUGCAACAUUUGUCCGUCUGGUUUCCGCCUUCGGACGUUCCCCUAAGCAAUACCCAACAUGCUUCUAAAUACUGGGUAAUUUAUAUACAUGGAGGUGCCUGGAGAGACCCAGCAAUAAAAAAUGAAUCAUUCAGCACCACUAUUGAGCGAUUGAUUUCUACCAGCGAAUAUUCGUCCAUUGUGCCUAAUAUUGCUGCAUUUGCAUCAAUCGAUUACCGCCUAUCACCACACCCAGACUUUCCUCAGGACAAAGCAAGCACGCCAUCAAACCAGCUGCGCAACGCAAAGCACCCGGACCACAUUCGCGAUGUUCAGCAAGCCAUAGCAUUUCUGCAACGCGAGUACCAAUUCGGAGAUAGGUAUAUCCUCGUCGGUCAUUCCUGUGGAGCUACAUUGGCAUUUCAUCUCGCCAUGGGAUGCGGUAUAUCCAAGGACGAUGACCGUCGAAACCGCAGUGGGCCAAAUGAAGGUAACAAAGAGCAAUCUCCAAUUGAUCUACCUGUGGCAAUAGUUGGCGUUGAAGGCAUAUAUGAUCUGCGCGGACUGCGAGACGCGCAUCAAGAUGUUCGUAUCUACCAUGAGGUUUUAGAAGGCGCUUUUGGUCCGGAUGAAUCCGUCUGGGAUGUCGCUUCUCCUGCGAAAUACAGCGCGUUUCGCGAAACCUGGCCCUCGGGAAAACUGGCCGUGAUAGUACACACGGAAGCCGAUGAGCUAGUUGAACCCGAGCAGAUGAGCAAGAUGGCUGCCCAUCUGAGAAAUAGCUGGAAUGGCUCGACCAUUGCGCUGAAAGAUGAUAUCCCCGGCGGCCGAGACCAAAGUACUGGUGGCCACGACGAGGUUUGGAAACGUGGAGUUGUUUUGGCAGAUGUCAUAGCUAAAACUAUCAAGGAACUGUCCUCUUGA